AUGUGUAAAGCCAUGCUGGCUGACAAACCACUGAAAACAACCUCGCAUCAACGUAAUACCACCGACAAGAUGAACAAGUUUGCUUUCAUGAAGGAUAUGAAUGGGUCUCAGACCACCCAGGAGCUCAGCUUUGAUCUGGGGUCUGACGAUGAUGUCGUCUCCGAUGGACGUCCCUCUGUCAUCUUGUUGGAUGAGUACGAGUCUCAAUCCGUCGGAGAUCUCUCUCAAGAGACCAUGACCAACAGCAGUAGUAGUCCUCGUCGUGGUGUGCUGAAGCGACGGAGCAGACUGAGCGGUGCGCGCUCUGGGCGUUCCGUGACUUUUUCGGAAGUGAGGGUGCGAACCUAUGCUCAAUGCGUGGGAGACAACCCUGCCGUCACUCUCGGCGUUCCCUUGUCUCUCAACUGGCAAGUAGUCAAGGAAGAGACCUCCACAGUGGAUGCCUACGAUCCUGUCCAUCCUCAGGGACUGCGUGAAGAGGAAUUGGCCAUUCCAGCUGCUGAACGCGAACAAUUGGUGCGCAAGUCCGGAUCCUGCACAGAAGACAUUCGCAAGGCAGUCAGGGCCGUCAACUCGACCAAGAUGGAGCGUGAAAAGACAUUGGACACCCUCAAAAAUGCAAGCUCCGAAGAAUUCAUGGAAAAGCUUCGCAAGGGAGUCCGAAAUGCUACCCUGCGACGAAAGAGCAAGAAAAUGGAACGGGCACUACUCAAACAAUUGCGAGAAAAGGAUGCCAAGCGAGCACUCGUGUUCGUGCCUCCUGCCUGCUAG